CAGCAGCAAUAGCUGACCACAUCUCGCUAAGAACAGAAGAAGAAGCUCUGUUUCACUCCUUCAGAAAUCUACCACAAGAGCAAAGAUGGUUGCUGUGUUGGUGUUGCUGAUGGCACAGUUGGUGUCUAGUGCCGUGGUGAAGCCUGAGGCGCGUCUCCAACCCCCUCUGGACUCAUCCCAGGUCAUCCCAGGGGUGCAGUGGUGCAGCUACGUUUACUACUGUCCAUCUUGCACAUCUUGCUGCAGGAGGGCUGAUGGAACCUAUGGCUGCUGUGGAAACAACAUGGUUUGCUGUCCUGAUGGUUUCCACUGCUGCCCGUAUGGGUCCAGGUGCGAUGCCACAUCUAGUCACUGUCUGUUUGGAGGAUCCAGAGGUCUGAGCUUUCUAUCAUCCCCCCAGCAGCCAGCCACCAUGGUGGACACACCUAAGGUUCAGCUGUUUCCAAGAAAGCCGGAGGCACCACAAUCUGCCCUGGAAUCUGCAGAGCCCUCAGUGCAGUGGUGUGACUUCAAAACCUACUGUCCAGACUGUAGCACCUGCUGCAGGACACCGAGUGGCUCCUGGAGCUGCUGUGUCUUUUCCAACGGUCAGUGCUGUCCAGAUGGCCUGCAUUGCUGUGCUAAUGGCUACCGCUGCGAUUCCAAGUCCUCCCGUUGUCUGAUAGGAGGACUAAGUCUGCCCUCAUCCCCCCAGCGUCCAGCUAUCACUGCCAACAGCACCGUACACCGUGACUAUGAGGAAGUGAGAUCCAAACUGGUUAAAGAAGCUGAGUCUUCUCCAAUGGUGCCAGUAAACAAAGCUCUAGAGACCCCAGUGGAUGCCGAGAUUGUUCGCUGUGAUGCCCGCAGUGGCUGCCCAGCGGGAAGCACCUGCUGCAAGAUGCUGAAUGGAGAGUGGGGAUGCUGCCCUUAUACAGAGGGUCAGUGCUGUGAGGACGGAAAGCACUGCUGUGAAUCUGGCUUCGAGUGUGACGGCUCAGUGUCCUGCAAGAAGGGCUUGCUGAGUGUUCCUGCUGGCCUGAAGGAGGCGCCGCUGAACCUCUGAGCCUACACAACUGGAGGUGCAAUGCUAAUCAGACAAAUAUCCAAGCUGUGAUCACUUAAUCAAUCGUAAUCAGUGAAAUCAUUAAACUUACUUUUUUGGGUUUGGGGAGAAUUGGGAUGAUUUAUUUUUUUUUUUUUAAGAUUCUUGAAAUUUGACCCUAUUGAUACUCAAAAACAAAUGGGUGGGGCUGACCUUCAGGAUGAUUUUGUCAGAAAUCUUGGCUAAACUCAUUCCCAUUACAAAGCCCUGAACCAUAAUUUAUCACCAGGCAAGAUGCAUUUUUUUAAAAACCAUUGUUACUCUUUCCAGUGGAGCACUAACUGAUGCACCAUGAAAUCAUGUAUUCACAUAACUUCUUCAUUUCUUUAUGUAACUUCUAACGAUCCACGGGACACCAGUGUGGAUUUGACUUUAUACUUGCACCGACAGUUAUACAUCUGCUUGUUUGACGUCAGAAUGAUCUUUACAUCUUGAGUUUGUUACAACUGCACAAAUGUGACUGUGGUUGAAAUCAGUGACCAAUCUGAGUCUCUGUUCGUCUGAUCAAAAGCUGAAGAGCAUCUUGCAAAUAAGUAUGAUUUACUUAAAAUAAAUAAAAUCAUGUUAAAACACCGA